AUGCAAUUAUCCAACGUACUCCCAAUCUUCUUAGUAUUCUUUCUCCAAGGCGCAUCCACUUAUGCUCAAGCCUUUGGAUGCAAAGACAACUAUCAAGUUCCAAACUGGCCUCACUCUGGCUGUGUCAAAAUGAGCGGGAUGAAGCAAGAACUAGCCGAUGUAAUUCCUGCCCAUUGGAACAAUAAGGCGUCCAGUUACGAAUGCGGUUCCGACGCGAAUGGCUACCUCACGGUGGCAUGUUGUGCCCACGAGGAUGAAACUCGAUGGAACUCAGUUCACAUGGCCGUUACCGGUCGUCUAGGAUUAUGUGCUGCCAAUUCGGCGAGAAUGUCAUCGAGCCGGUUGAAAAUCAUGUGCUUCGUCUUUUCAUCUCUUUCUACAUUUAGACCCAACCGGUACAUCAACGGCGAUCUCCAAAAAGUUGGUGUAGAAAAAAAAAUAGAAAUCAACGGUGAUCUCGAUCUUGUAUUUACUACCAUCGCUGCCCAUUUCCAUGCUGUGCAAAUCGGGUUACACGAAUCACGUAGAUGA